CAAACCGCCUGCUUGAUCCGGUCUUCGUCAACCAACCAGGAAAGAGGGCUUGCCGUGAUCUGGACUGAGGCGGAUGAGACCAGAAACCUUUGUUCUGUCUCUCCUCCCCAAAUGCGAGGAUAAAGGCGAGCGCCUGUCAACACGUCCCGCAAAUUUGCGCUCGCGUUUAAUGGGUUGGCGACCGCAGAUGUUUGUUUUACUAAUCAGAAAUUAGUAGAAUUCAUUCAUCAGCCUUUAUGUGUGGUUUUUUUCCUGGUAGCUACAACCCGAAGGCGACAUCUGGCCAUUUUUCUCUCUCGGUCAGCUGCUAAAUGGAAAUAAAACGCGGAACUGAAAGUGGAAGCAACCGAGGCAAUGACCUUCCAAUCCAUUAUCUGCGGCUCCUGGCCCCUCCCUUACGGCUCUUAUCAGCUGCAGUGUGGCAAGUUGUGCAGCAGGGACUUGUGGAUCACUAUGGGAUGCUGGAGGAGUUUGUUACCACGGUGACGGAGCUGGUCCCAGAGCUGAUGAGUUACAGUCAGAGGGCUCAGCUGAUCCUGGGACUCAGGGCCAGGCUGGUUCUGGAGAUGUGUCGAGGGGAACAUCCAGCAGACAUGCAGACCAUUCAGCCACAUCUGGACAGAAUAAAAGCUCCAGUCAGCACUGCCAAGGAUCACCAUGUAACCAUCAACCAGGUUGAGGAAUCGGAGGUGAACUUUGUGGAGCUGGUGCAUUCAUUACUGGAGGAUCCCUCUGAAAGAAAAUAUUUUUUCCAGGAAAUCUUUCCUGUAUAUUUUGGCUCAAAGUACGAUGCAGCUCUGGAGAUGCUGGUGUGGGAGUUCAUAUCACGACUGGAUGAGCUGCUGCCUGUUCCAGACUUCACACAGCUGGCAGCUUUGCUCGGCGACGCUCCGUCAUUCCUAGACGACUGUUUACGAUCCUAUUUCCCGCCAGACGACAUGAAGACCGUACUAGAACACCACAGAAACCUCGGCCACUUUGAAGAGAAAGAUCCGAGCUUAUUACCGAUGGACGACUGCAUCCUCUCCUCACUGUCGCUGCCUCCCGGGUCCAAACCUCCCAUCAACUCCUGCUCACCUGCUCUCAAAGACUCUUCUCCUCCAGCACAUGAAGGACCUUUCAGUCCUCCCAUCGACUCGAGCGGCCUGGAGAGGUCGAGCAGGAGGAGCUCCGACACCAGCAGACAGAGAAUAAGGGAGACGAGGGAGUCCGGCAGCUGGCAGCAGCAGGUCAGAGGCAGAAACACUUCUCAGGAGAGGAAAGUACAAAACUCGAUUAGUACGCGGCCAUGUGAUGAAACCAUAGACCUCACUACAUCCAACGAGAUAGCAGACACGGAUUCAGAAGCCAGUGAGAGCAACCAAAGCUUGAGGGCAGCACAAGUUCUGAGGAAGCGGAAGCGAAGCGGAGGUGUGGAAGUUCCUGCAAAGCAGCCGGUGGAGGCUUCAGCUUUCUUGGAUUCCUCAGUGGAUGAUGAGAAUUCAGGUGAAUCUCCGCUAAUCUCGAUAUGGGGAGAAUAUACAGACUCUCAGGAAGGUUCUUUUCCGAUCGUAACGGACACAAAAGUUCCGUGGUCGGACGAGGAGACGCUUCAUCUGCUGGACAUCUGGGGGAGGGACUCUGUGCAGCGAGCUCUGAAGGGCUGCCUGAAGAACCGUCACAUAUUCACUCAAAUCGCACAAAAGAUGGCGGAGAGGGGCUACAUGAGGACAGUGGAGCAGUGCCAGACCAGGAUCAAACGGCUGAAGAAGGGCUUCCGCCAGAACAGCAAAGGGAACUCCAAGGUGGAGCGGAAGUUUUACGCCCAGCUGGAGCAGGUGCUCGGCUCUCGGGCUGCGUCGGCUGUUCCUGAGGUCACCUACGACGUCGAGGAAGUCGUUGAUGAAGACGAAUCCCAAGACGCCGAUGAGGACUUGCAGUUUAUCGGUCAAACGGGCCAGUUGGAAAUCAGUACAAGGCCAACAGCAAAUGGAACUAGAAGCGUUCCGUGGACAGAUUUGGAGUCUUUGACCCUGAUCAACACGUGGGGUGAAGACAAGAUCCGGCGGGAGCUCAGAGGGAUUUACAGAACCGGAGACCUCUUCGCCAUCAUUUCCAGCAAGCUAACCACCCAGGGCUUCUCCAGAACACCGGAGCAGUGUCAGGCCAGACUGAAACGGCUGAAAAACAGCUUCAGACAUUGCUACCAAAACAACCUGAAAGGACAAGAUCGAGUAGAGUGCAAGUUUUACAACGAGCUGGGAAGAUUUUUGGUGAAAGACUUUCCUUCAGUGCCGCAGCUGAGUGAAAUACAAGCAGAACAAGAGGACAGUGACUUUCCUGCCUACAGUCAUGAGGACAUUGAUUCUGCUGUGGGAGUUCAGGAGGACAGGAAGAAAGUUCCCUGGUCGGACAAAGAGACGAUCAUCCUUCUGGAGAGCUGGGGAGACCCACAGGUCCAGCAGUGCCUCAGACGCUACCCUCACAACGGUCACAUUUUCACGGACAUAUCAGACAAGCUCAGCGCUAACGGCUACACCCGCAGCGCAGAGCAGUGCCACACCAGGAUCAAACGGCUGAAAGCGAGCUACCGACACUGUCAGGACAACAUGUGCGCAUCUGGGACUGAUAGAGUCGACUUUAAAUUCUACGAUCUGCUGGAACAAAUCCUGGAUAAGCAACCGUCAACUUCGUCAGCGGUGGUUACAGAUUCUAUUGAAAUAUCAGAAGACUCCAAUGAUGAAUCAGGGACUGAAAGAGAUGGAGAAACCAACGUGUCACCAGAAAAAACAGCAUCGAGCUCAUGGCUGGACGAGGAGACUCUGGCGCUUAUCGAUAUCUGGGGGGAUGAAGACGUUCAGAAGGCUCUGCGGGGUUUCGUCCACAACGGGCACGUUUAUGCCGACAUUUCUGAGAGGAUGCACGACCUGGGCUUCUCGAAAACCUCCGAGCAGUGCCGCUGGAAAGUCAAGUCACUGAGGGUCAACUUUCGACAGAGCUACGACCGGAAGAAAUGCGGAAGAAAAGUUGAUUACAAGUUCUACAACCAGCUGGAGCAAAUACUGGGACAGGAAGCAGUUUCUAUCGAUGAGUAUGAUGAAAAAGACGAACAGACGGAGCAGGAUGCUGGUGGAGAUGGUGUAAACACAGCGUGGACAGAGCAGGAGACAGUCGCUCUCAUUGAGAUUUGGGCGGCGGAUGACGUGCAGCACAGCCUGAAAACCUGCGUCCGCAACGGGCACAUAUUUGCCGACAUAUCGGAGAAACUGGCCUCCAUGGGCUUCCUGAGGACGGCCGAGCAGUGCCACAUCCGCAUUAAAAGGCUGAAGAAGACUUACAGACGCUACCGCAACAGCAGGAGAACUGGAGGGCGGCCUGCCGUGUUUCGAUAUUUCCAUUUCCUUGCCCCGGUGCUCGGUGAUGAAUCUGCGCUUGUUCCCGAUGUGAACACGACUGCAGCUGACACCACCUCACAGCCGCUUGUGGACAAUGAUCCUGUCAUAUACGAGCAGCCCUCCACCAGCCACCACUUGGUCGACCUGAGCAGAAAGAUGCCGUGGUUGGACCAGGAGACCAGAACCCUGCUGGAGAUCUGGGGUGAGGACAGCGUCCAGCUCACCCUGAGAGGCUGCCUGAAGAACCGACACGUGUUUGAGUAUGUCUCAGAGAAGAUGAGCGACCGAGGAUUCAUCAGGACCUCAGAGCAGUGCUACACUCGCAUCAAGCGCCUUAAACAUGGCUUCCUCCAUGAGAAGGAGGAUUUUAAAUACUUCAGUGAGAUGGAGACGAUAUUCAGGAAGGAGCUGAAAGUGGAUGAUUCUGUUGCAGAGACGUCGAUCAUAGAGGAGCCAGAGGAGUGUGUACCUGAACCGAGUCCAAAGAGAGGUAGCCAGUGGACAUCUGAGAGCUCCAAGCUGCCCUGGGGCGACGGGGAGACCGAGGCCCUCCUGGACAUUUGGGGGAGCGAGGAGAUCCAGGAGAACCUGAAGGGCUGCACCAAGAACAAACACAUCUUCAUCCAGAUCUCUGAGGUCAUGGCCAGCCAGGGCUACAAGCGAACCCCCGAACAGUGUCAGUCCAGGAUAAAGAGGCUGAGGGCCAAUUUCAAACAGUUUCUGGAAGGCAGAAAAGGAGAGAAACAGGAGUGCAAGUAUUUUGACCAGUUGGUGCAGAUAUUCGGUACAAAGUACGUCAUGAACUCUGACCCUCUGGCUGAUGAUGCAGCUGAAGUCAUAGAGUCUUGAAAUCUUCGCAGCUGAUGGAAAAAGAGGAACGUGCAGAUAGAAAGAGGAACGACAUGAAUGCAGAAACUGCUAUUUACCGUUCUGCUUUUUGGUUGUUUACAUGACAGAAGAGUCUCUGGAGACUUGAGUGAAGUAACAUUUCCGUCUGUAAAUACUUUUACAUUCUUCAGACACAAAGACCUACUUCAGGAUGAAAUGUUGAAAUGUAGGAGUGUGUGUGUGUGUGUGUGUGUGCGUGGGUGUGUGUGCGUGCGUGUGUCUGCGUGUGCGUGCCUCAACUUCAGUGUCUUGUUUUAUUAUUAUUAUUAUUAUUAACAGAGCCAUGAUACUGAAACCAGGAUUCUCAGGGUUCGAGGGACAAAAAUGAAUCCUGGUCCUGGUUGAAGUUACACAAAAUGCUGUGCUCCUCCAAAAAUCACAUGUUUUUUCUAGUAUUUAUUUAUUUUGUACUUACAGCGAGGGAAUACAAGCACACACAAGAAGAAACACUUUCAAGGCCUCUAUCGCUGCCUUGCUUUUCAGUCCCAAAUUAUGUCUCACUUGUUCAAUUUUAUGUCUCUGUACUUGUUUUUAAAGCUGUGUGGUGAAAUUCUUUAAGUUAAUUCUCAUUCUGUACUUAAUAUAAGUUAAUGUUGCCAUGAAUUGUAUUUAUUUAAAUUAUUUCCAUACGUAUUCCAAAGUUUUGCGGUUUCCUUUAACUGUGACAGACCUUUACUGAAGCAUAUUUGUGCCACAAACAUGUACAAGAUUUUUCAUAUCCAUUAAAAGAAACUUGAAAUAUG